UUUCGUGAUUUUGCCGUGUGCGCGCUUUUAAGAAAAAAAAACUUUGGCUUUACGAAUAUUUAUUCCACGUCCGGUUAACUACAGAACCCGGCAGACACCUUGUUAUAAUGUCGAAACAUAAAGUUUCCCUCGAAUGGAAAAAGCGGGUUAAAACGGAGUAUGUGAAAAUUCGACAGAGUAAGCGUCAUAAGAAGGUGGAUGAUGUACGCUCGGCGUGGAAUCGGAACAGGCAAGCAUUGUUAGGUAUGCUGGUUGCAGAAAAUGAUGCCUGGUCGUCAACAAAUGCAACAUGGGUCCAAUGCGAAGUGGAGCAACUGCCGCAUGUCCAUUGCAUGAAGAAAGCGGAAGUCAUAGACCAGGAGGGCAUUCAUCAAAAUGUACCGAUCCGUGUAGUUAAUGCGGUAACAACAAUUCCAACCAUGUACACAUGGGCUCCAACGCAGCAGAAUUUUAUGGUGGAAGAUGAAACGGUCCUACACAACAUACCGUACAUGGGCGACGAAGUUCUGGAUAAGGAUGGGUCAUUCAUUGAAGAGCUAAUAAAAAAUUAUGACGGUAAGGUGCAUGGUGACAAAGAGGACAGCAUUGAUGAUGCUAUGUUUGUCGAGUUAGUGCACACGUUGAUGCAGUACACAAAUAAGCAUGCAAUUGGAGAUGAACAACCCACCAAUUCUAAAGGACCGACAGGAGAAAAAUCGACGAUUGCUAAUGUUGCGCAAACCGCUGGAAAAGUCGUACCUAAAAAAGGAGGAAAAGACAAAGAACCGGACGAAAAGUUUGACGAUACCGAUGCAAAACCGAACGAGGAACCAACAUCGUCCGAUUCGAAUGAAACGAGAAGAAAUGGUGGAAACGUGAGGGCUUUUCCCCCAGCAAUCAUAUUUCAAGCUAUCAGUUCGCAAUUUCCAGAAAACGGAACAGGAGAAGAACUGAGGGACAAGUACAUUGAACUAACUGAACGUGUAGAUCCAGAAAGACCGCCGGAAUGCACGCCGAAUAUCGACGGGCCAAGGGCGGAAUCUGUGUCGCGAGAACAAACGCUCCAUUCCUACCAUACACUUUUCUGUAGACGUUGCUUUAAGUACGAUUGUUUUUUACACCGUUUGCAAGCUUGUCAUCCUGGUCCUAACCUUCAACGACGUCGGUGGCCGGAACUAAAGGCUCCAGGCAAACCAUGCAGUGACGCGUGUUACUUGCUGUUGGAUGGUAUAAAGGAGCAGAUGUGUUCUGACAAUAACAGCAAAUCGCCUGCAAUGAUGGACUCUGGAAAUGAGGCAUGCUCCGAAGAUAGCAACGAUAGCAGCCACUACAGCAAGGACGCGACGUUUGUAAAAUCGUCCAAAAUUGGAAAUAUUCUGUAUGAAAUAUUCGAUGCUAAAGACACAGAAUGGAAUGGUUCGGAUAAAUCGUUCUUUCGUACGUUGCAAAAAACCUAUCUGAACAACUACUGUGCCAUUGCUGAGGCAAUGUUGGUCAAAACUUGCCAGCAGGUGUAUCACUUCGCGCAACAGGAAGCGGCUGGAUUUCUACCGAUUGAGCUAAAUAAGGAUAGUACUCCACCAAGGAAGAAGAAAAAGAAGCAUCGCCUUUGGUCGGUACAUUGUCGUAAAAUUCAGCUGCGUAAAGAGUCCAGCUCGAAUCAUGUAUACAACUAUUCCCCUUGCGAUCAUCCGGGACAGUGCGACGCAACCUGCCCCUGUUACAGUGCGCAGAACUUUUGUGAAAAAUUCUGCAACUGUAGCAGUGAUUGCCAAAACCGGUUUCCGGGAUGUCGUUGCAAGGCACAGUGCAAUACAAAGCAAUGUCCUUGCUAUUUAGCUGUGCGUGAAUGUGAUCCUGACCUUUGUCAGACGUGUGGAGCAGAGCAUUAUGAAAUUGGCAAAAUAACCUGCAAAAACGUGAGCGUGCAAAGAGCUUUGCAUAAACACCUACUGAUGGCACCCUCUGAUGUGGCAGGUUGGGGAAUUUUCCUAAAAGAAAGUGCACAGAAAAACGAAUUCAUUUCAGAAUAUUGUGGAGAAAUAAUUUCGCAGGAUGAAGCUGAUCGGCGUGGUAAAGUUUAUGACAAAUAUAUGUGUAGUUUUCUUUUCAAUUUAAAUAAUGAUUUCGUUGUCGAUGCCACUAGAAAGGGUAACAAAAUACGGUUUGCCAAUCAUUCUAUCAACCCAAACUGCUACGCUAAAGUAAUGAUGGUAAACGGAGAUCAUCGUAUUGGCAUAUUUGCGAAACGUGCCAUUCAACCUGGAGAGGAACUGUUCUUCGACUACCGUUACGGGCCAACAGAACAGCUAAAGUUUGUUGGGAUUGAACGUGAAAUGGAGUUCCUUUAAGCUUUUACACUGCAUAAUUGCAAAUUCGGUUGGUGUGUGCUGUUUGGUAGAAACCAUUCGAAGCAUUGUACGUACCGAACAUCAACGAUCGAUGACGAUUUCUUUGGGACAGUUUGUUUCGGAGCUGCGCAAGCUAACCAGAUAACCAGCCGUUUAGCUUGGUCAAGCUUGUCAACAAGUUGUACACUGGAACUUUGAUGCUUAUUUAUUUUCAUCGUAUCUAAAUUAUAGCAUCGGCUUCAACCCCAGGUCAAUCAAUAGGCAUCAAUAGGUGAUAUCAACCCUAAGGUUGGCAUGCAUUCAUGUCAUGGUCUAUGUGUUACAGAUUUUACCAACUGCUUUCAAAAAGUAAUUAUUCUCAAUAGGUUGGAACUAAUUUAGUUCAUAAAAUGUUUGUUUUUUUCAUUUUUUAUUGUGAUCUCUCGGACAAACGACGAAUUGCAUUACUGUCUUGCUUUUAUAUCUAAUCUGGAUAGCGUUUAUACUCCAAAUCUAAAAUAUUUUCCGAUUGUAGAGUAAAUCACUUAUGCUUUCGGGAGUGGUAAACAAUAUGGAAGUGGAACACGCUCAUAUCAAUAAUAUGAAACAUAAUACAGUAAUGUCAUUAACAUAAAUAACUCAGUUGAGCAUUAUCACUAAUUGUAUACACUUGCGAACUUGGUGCGGAUGCCUCACAGGGCCGGUAGGUCCGCUUACCAAUGAAGUAACCCAUUUUUGUUAAAAGAAUGACCUUUUGACUAGUACGUCACUGCUAUCAUGCAUUUAAGCUUGAUCAUCAGGAUUUUUCAUUAGAUACGUGGAAUUAUAAUAAGCACUAAACAGUAUAAUUUUAUAACAAUUACUAAAAAAUAAAUUAUGAUGUACGAUA